GCCUGGCGUGGGCGCACAGCACUGUGCUGCAUGCAGGGGGAUGAAGCAUAUCAUCUAUCGGAAUUAAAACAGUGCUACUGCCGGAUUCACAUAAAUGGAAUGUAACCAGAUUUUUAACAACGUUAUUUUACGCAUGUAUUAUAAGUAUAUUGGUGGCAAUUUCAUAAGGACAAUCUGAUUGGUGGAGACGUUAAGGGUGGUUGUCAUGAAAACGGCAGGUUGCUAAAUAAAAACACUUCAGAGCAAAUCAAUCUGAUCUGAGCGUCCAGACAGCGGUCGCAUUUGGAGGAUUGGGUUUGUAGCAGAAUUGAUGGGGAAAGUCCUUAGCUGUUCAUUAUGGGAUUUUGGGGGAUCCAAUGGCCGACAGGAGAUGCCUUCUCUCUGAGUGGAUACAGGCAGUAGGGUGGUGACCACAGCACCUCUCCUGUUUGUCCUUGUGUGCAGUGACAGUUUUUAGGAUGCGUUCCUUAAGGAAGACAGUGUUGUUGGCCAUCGUGGCGUCUGUGGUGUUGGUGAUGGCCCUCCUCCAUUCUUGGCCCACCCGGGCCCACACCACCGUGGAUGUCUGGCAGAGACCAGGGCCUGCAGUAGAGAGGCACCUGGAGGAGAGGUUCCCAGAACCAGACCACAGAUCUGCCAACAUCCCCUAUCGCGUGAAGGAGAGUGUUGCAGGUCUGUUGGCACGUAACGGGUGUGUGUGUGAAGGUGAGAGUGGGGGCAUGAACCUGCCCUUUGCCCAGCUGCUGUUCCCCCGCGUGUCGGCCCACCCCAUGCACACUGCAUUUGAGGCUUCUGAGCUGGAAGAGAUGAAGAAACGAAGGGCCAAGGAGUACCAGGGCUUCCAGAUGAGGUCUCAGACUCCUGCAGAUAUGCUCAUCGUGGCCGAGGCCAACAAUCCUCUGCAGUACCCAACACAGGGGAUGGAAGUACGGCCACUCAAAACCAUCCUCAUCCCAGGACUUGCAGUACAAGACCAUCCCAGAGAGCUGUACACAGUAAGUAGACCAAUAACAUUUGGUUUGAGUUAUUAUUUCCAAUACUAUUCCAUUUGUCUGGUCCUUGUCUUCUUUGUUCUCUGUCUCCCUCUUAAUUUUUUUCUUUCUCAGGUCAACUUCACCUCCACCCUGGGAACGUUAAACGUGGCAGCAGAGGUUGAGGGGGUAAAGGUCAAAGGUGACGGGGAGAUGCACAUGACCCUGACCAGCAGCCUGCUGUCCAAUUUGAACCGGCAGCUACAGUUUGUCACCUAUACCAACACACUGUUCCACCCUAGUACAGCAGACACAGUGCAGGUUGAGACAGAGGGUCACCAAGCCAUGUUUACUAUCAAGGUCCGUCAUGGUGUAACUCCAAAACUCUACAACACGGGGCCCAAAGGGGAAUACAACAUCAGUGCCCUUGUUACCAUAGCAACCAAAACCUUCCUGCGCUAUGACAAGCUCCAAGAUCUCAUCGACAGUGUCCGAAAAUACUAUUCCACUGUCACCAUAGUAAUAGCUGAUGACAGUGAAAACCCAAAGAUGGUCUCUGGCCCCUACAUCGAACAUUACAUCAUGCCAUUUGGAAAGGGCUGGUUUGCAGGACGGAACCUAGCUGUUUCCCAGGUGACUACCAAGUAUGUGCUGUGGGUGGACGAUGACUUCAUCUUCACGGCCAACACCAAGCUGGAGAAACUGGUGGACGUCCUGGAGAGGACUACCCUGGACCUGGUGGGUGGUGCAGUGCGGGAGGCCACUGGCUAUACUGCCACCUACAGGCAGACCAUGUCCAUUGAGCCAGGGGAGGAGGAGGGUGACUGCUUGCAUAUGCGGAGGGGCUUCCACCACAUCAUCCAGGGCUUUCCAAACUGCGUAGUCACGGACGGGGUCAUCAACUUCUUCCUGGCCCGCACAGACAAAGUCCAGCAAGUGGGCUUUGACCCCCGUCUGGCCAGAGUGGCCCACCUGGAGUUUUUCAUCGAUGGCCUCGGCUCACUUCACGUGGGAUCCUGUGAUGAUGUCAUCGUCAACCACGCCACCAAGAUCAAGCUUCCCUGGGUCAGCCAAUCAGAGAGUGACAAGACGUAUGCCAAGUUCCGCUACCCACCAGCCUCUUCGGAUGCCACACACACCAAAAACGGCCUCCUCUAUUUCAAGAACCGCUUCCAGUGUUUGACUCACAAUUAAAUUACCUGUUUUGUUAACCUGUCGUUUCUCCUCUCGUUCAAGAUUCAUGCUCUUUCUGAGUUGCCAAAGAAGCUCUCGCCCGAUGUGUCCAAUCGGAUAAGAUUUUAAACAACCACAUUACACACAUCCCCUUGAAUAUCGACCUUGCUUGUUUCACUCUAGAGGGAUUUCCAUUCAAACAGAGCAAAGCUGUCAUUUCUCUUAACUUAAUCAUAAUUUCUCUUCAGUUGUGUACUCUUGAUUGUAAACUCAAGGUUGAGAUCAUAUUAAGGGAUAUAUGUGCGUUUUGUGCCUCAAAUCUUAUCUGACGAGUCGCCACCGAGUCCUUUUGUUGAGGAAAGAGAACAAAGACAUGCUGAAUUAGCCUUAUGCCCUCACAGGACUAAAUGAGGUGAACGAGUUUCAAUACUGUUAUGAAGAGAUCAGAGGUAUGUGUACUCUGUCCUUCCCUUUGCACUAUACAGUUUGAGCUGGACUGAGCUCUAAGGGUCAGACAAAUGAGGAUUGUGGGGACCAAGGGGGACUGAGGAUGGGGAUUGACAGUCAUUCAGUAGAGAGGACACUUUUCAGCAUGUGACAACCCCUUCAGAGACACAACGCAUGGGUGCUCCCUUUCCAACCCCAGACAAUGAACGCAUACAAGACUCUAAAUGUGUGGCUAAUUCUCCCUGGGUGUCUGUGCCAAUGGUUUCCCAGGUGGUUUGGUGUUGAAUGAUAUAUUUUGUUUGAAACCUCUGUGUCGCCCUUGACUGGCCCAUGCUUGAGGAGAAUGAUGCUCAUCCAUCUGGUCUGGGAUCUAACCCAGGAAUAAUAUCCCUGUUUCACCUGGUCUAGUGCAUUCUGUCUAUCUAGGGUCGAUUCCACUCUGUUUUAUACUCCAAGCAUCAUAACAAGGAAUGCUUCUAUCCAUGCACGCAUUUGAAUGGGAGGGGAGAUUAAUUGCAUUUUCAUAUGCUACCUCGAACAGAAGGGUUAGUUUGACCAAAGUGCAUGUCUCUCUAUUUAUUUACCAAUUCUACAUGGAAAUAAACACACACUAAUAGAAUGAUGGCAAUAAUGGCACAGUUUGAGUUUAGAGAGUUGAAACGCUGUAAGAAUGAGUAGAGCACCAAAGGAAAUGGUUGGAGAGACACAAUGUUAGGAUAACACAUCACAGAGAGAUGAUAUGAAUGAGAAAGUAAGGGUCACAGUCACACCGAAGUACCAAGGCAGCAAAACAUUUUAUACUUCCAGUUCCUCUGCCAUGCAACCUGACAGCAGGAUCACAUAAUGUUAUUGUGUGUCAUGACCGCUAGAUGGCACCCUUGCAUCAGAAUAGUGUUUUCUAAAAUCAAACAACACGUUUUUUUUUUUUUUUUUUUUUUUUUGUUAAGAAAUACCCCAAGGUGCCAGUGAUACAUUAGAUACCUUUUUAUUUUUUCCUUUUUGAAUAGAGGAAUAUUUUAAAACAGAUACAAUUUUGGGUGAUGCUAGAUUUAGAUUUGUCUUUCCUGAAAGGGGAUAUUUAACACUAAGUGAGAUCUCAGUUCAAUUGAACCUUGAUUGGAGUAGCUCUUCCAUGGGAAUCUAUGACUAAUACCAGCUAGACUCCCCAAGCAGAUACUUCCCGUUUUCAGAAUGAGAAGUGUUCUGCAUGUGAGUAGGGGCAGUAGUUUGUCAACAAAGACACUGCUUAAUGAUAGGUUUGAUUGAAUUCCAUUCUCUGAAGGGAUUAGUUGAAGGGAUUUGGACAGUGAUUUCCAUUGUUCAACUGAUGUUGAUGAUGAUGAUGAUGAUGGCGGUUGUAUUUUUUCUGCUUGCUUCACCAUAGAACCACGGGUCUGAGUCUUUCCAACCUGACGACUAUCAUCACAACAACCUUCUGCAUUAUCAGACUGUUUUCGUUUAAACAUGAUUAUAAAGUCUCUGAUAAAAAAAAUA